AUGACCAAACUAGGCGCCCAACCCGGUGUUCACGGGAGUGAGGACAUCGAGAAAGAGCCCAUCAAGAUCGAUCCAAAGGUGUUCACAGUCCUUCAACCAACUAUCAUCCCAAUGCCGGCUCCACCAAUGAAACCUGCUCCAUCGCCAGCAUGGCAAGCCAUGCGUGCUUGCUUCCAUUGCAUGUUCUUCGCCACGUGUCUUCUUCUCGUCACUCUCAUCGGAUUCUACUUCUUGGCUGCAACUCCAGAUCUCUUCAAGAAAACUGAAACCGUGUCAUCAGUCGAUAAGCCACAAAUGGAGGCAUUGCUUGCUGCUCAACCCAUUGAAGGAUCAUCAGAGAAAACAACGAAUUCAGCAGAAACCGCAGGAAUAAUGGCGAUUCCAUUGGCUCGUGUCGUUGUUGUUGAAGACAUUUCCAACAAUAACGGAGAGAAGAAAACCGUUGUAGAUGGAUCUGUAGAAGAGAAAUCCACUUCUAACUUGGAUCGUCCACUUCAUCCAGACGAGAUUGAGCAAUACCGUAUGAUGGAAGCUCGUCAACAAUUCCAACAAAUGAUGGAAGAACGCAUGUACAUGCAACAAAUGAUGGCCAUGAGAAUGAUGAGAAUGAGAAGACUCCAAGCUGCUUACUACCAGCAACAACAGAUGAAAAUGACUUAUUAUCAACAGCAGCAACAACAAAUGCAAGAAGAAGCCGCCCGUCAGGAAUGGGCCGAGAGAUCCAGAUACGAGGAAGAGCAACGCCGUCAAUGGGAAGCUCAACAGGCUCAGGCUCAACAGCAAAGAGCACAGGCAUUCUGGCAACAACAUCAGAUGGAGAUUCAGGCUCAGCAAGCUCAAGCUCAACAGGCUCAAGCUCAAUGGCGACAACAGCAACAGGAGCAACAGCAACAACAACCACACUUCUGGCCAAGACCAAUGAUGCAUCAGCAACAAUGGCAAAGACCAACUGUAUGGCAACAACCACCACAACAGUUCUUCUUCCCAUCCCAACAACAGAAACAACAAAACCAACAACCACAACAACAGCAACAACCAGAAGAUCGUUUCCCACAAGCUCCACAGUUUUUCCAACCAGUUCCAGAGCCAUCUGUUCACGAUAAGAUCUACGAAGAGCUUCAGAAGAAGUCCCAAAACAUUCCUGUCAAUGCUCCAUCUCGUCAAAUCUGGACUGCCAUCACUCCAACUCCAGCUCCAGAAGCAUCUGGAAACGCUGACGUCACCGUUGCAUCAAACACCGCGAUUCCAGCAGUGGUAGCCAGCAGCACCCCAAUGCCAGAAGACGCUGCUGAAGUUUCAGACACUAUUCUCAGAGAUAUUUUCUCAGCUUUCGAUGAACAGAAGAACUCAGAGGCCGCCAACAAAGAGCUCAACUCUGCUCCAGCUACCACUGAGGAGCCAGAACUCGAAGGAAAGGGAGCUAUCGUUAUUGAAGAUAGUUUCCCAAGAAUUGAGGAACGCACGACGACUCCGGAACCAAUGGAAUCUAAUGAAGAAAUUGAGCACUCUUCAGAAGACAAGGAUCAUGAGAAGGAGUUGGAUCCAUUCGCCGCUGUUCUCAAAUUCUUCGAGAACAAUCCACCAAGAGAAGUCAUCGAACAACAGCAACAACAAGAGACAACUGAGCAACCACAGAAACCACUUAUUAUAUGA